CUACCUCCCUGUGGGAUAAAACCCAGAUAGGGACAAAAAAGGUAGCGGGUAAAGUUGUCAAUACAUCAUCAGCCGUUACUACUAUAGCGUCGACGCAACAAAAAAGCAUUACAGUUAUCUCCUCUUCGUCAGUAAUGCCCCAAAGAUCUCUCACAAUAAUUAAACCUAGAGGAACAACAAUAGCAACGGCGCCACGUGUAACCGCUCCCCGUCUUGUAGCACAAGCUGAACGGAACGCAGCAGCACAGUUGGCAUCCACCACGAAAAAUACAAUGUCCUACACUACUGCAAUAAUGACGACAUCUCGGGCGACAACUAAAAUAGUUACAACAACUGCCACUCAAACUUUCGCCGCUAAACUAACAGAAAGUACUUCGACUAGUCAACUUCCCACAACUCAAUCCUUACAAAAGUCGAGACCUUCGCAGUGUUUAAAUGUGCCACAGGGAAUUGUUGGAGCGCCAACGGUGCAAACAUCGAGCACAAUUAUUCACGGUCAAGGAUCACCAAAGCAUCAUCGUCCCACACCUACGGCAUCCGCACCGCCUACUAUGCAACAUUUCCAAACUACCGGAAAGUUUCCCUCUUUCGCCACUCCUACCACUCAAGUAUCGAAUAUUUGUAGUGGAGUGGAGAUGAGAACACACAGUCCCAUACUACAACAGGCAACGUUAAUCCCAGUAACUUCGUCACAUGUGGAAACGAUACAACCGACAUCCAUUUCAAAUGUGACGACCACCCAAGAGUAUUCACUUUUUAACUCCAUGGCGCAACAACCGACCUGGAGACAAGAAACUGAAUCUCACAAACCGAUUAAUUUUGCCGCAGUUACCGGCGGCAAUACGUCUCAAGUUCCUCCGAGUAAAUUUGUGGAUAAUGAUCCGCCUCCGCAAGUUGACGCCUCGAAAGCGCCAGGUUACAGAGGAGCCGCGAUGGGUUCGCCUGUUUCAUCCAAAACUAGCAGCAACAGCACGACACCUCCAAGUUUACCUUUAAGUUCGGCAUCUAAUUAUCCUACUUAUCCUGAACAACCAAAAACGCAACCCCUUCCCCCAAUUGGUACAAAUAUCAUGCAUAAUCGAUCAGUUGCUCAAACAAACCAACACGAUAUCGCGAACAGUCAUUACUACCCAAGUUCCGAUUUACCUUCACGUUCCAUGCAGCAUCUGGCCCAUUCGGACACCAACUUAUAUAAGACUGGAUCUACCGGGUACCCAGAACAGACUCCUAUAAAUAUGUUGAAUAUUCCAGUUGCGGAUUCGCAACCGCACUUGUUGUCAUCUUACCAUCAGUCGAAUUCCAUGCAACAUCUCAAUUAUUCUCAAUCUCAGCAGCAGCAGCAGCAACAAUCCGUGCAAAUCAGUGCGACGCCGGUCAGUAUGUCGAGAUUAAACCCGAAAGCGCCGGACUUCUCUGUACAUACGAUAUCCAACAAACCGCCGCAGAUGUAUAACGGGUAUGCGAUGGGAAAUAAUCAAAACAACUCGCUGCAUACCAUGAAUAAAUCUAGUAUGAACAACUACCACAGAUCGGCGAUGAACAAUCCUCAGCAAAAUCGCUGGCAUUUACUCCAAAUGCAGCAGCCCUUCACUCCACAGCAAACCGAAUUGAUUAGCGGAAUGGCGGGCAUGACCUUACAUAACAUUGCCAGAGCGGCAGGUGGUGAAAUCCUCGAAAACGGCGGAGAACUAAACACAGUGAGCAACUCGCCUGCUAUGUCCCCAAACUUACCACCGGCUCAUAAUCUACAUCCCAACGAUGGGCAUUACAUGGAAGACCGUAAACAACCGCAACCUAUUGGCACCGAACGGGCUCGCAAGACCCAAAAUCCUAACAUGGAUAACAACUGGAUGAUGUCAAACGAUUCGAAAAUGAUGGUCGGCCGCCAAUGGACGGGAUCAAACAAUAUCGAUCGAUAUCCUAUAUUACGAAACCAAAUGGAUGCGGAUUACAUUUCACAUCCGUUAGACUCAUUCCAGCAUGGAAUGCCAUUAGAAAAUCCUCACAAUUACGCUAGCGGGGCGCAGUUCCCCACUUACCUGCUUCAACAACAGAUGACAACAAUGCGCCCACUCGAUUUCGUUCCCAACGAUCCGCUAAAGAUGGAACUGCCACAAUGGGAAACAUCGCGCCCAAACAUGACUGAUUUACAAGAAAAACCACACGGUUGGCCGGGUUUGACCAACAAGUGGAACCAAUAAAUUAAUUUACAACAAAUAGAAUUUCGUACUAUAAGCGUUUUUAAAGUCCAUUUAUCCUGAAAUUAGCUUUCUAUCUUUGUGAUGUUUGGGAUACAAAUUUUGCAGUAGUAUUGAAUCGUAGUUUUGUUCAAAUUUUUGUACCCAAAUGUGUGCAUGUUAUACGAACAGCGCCAACUUUACCAGCGAGACGCGUAAUAUAAUUGAAUUGUUAAUGUAAUCGAUACCAGUCGAGGUUGUCCUACUUGUAGUACAUAUUUGCAUGUCUCAUUUGUUUUGAUAACUGCUUAUAGUUUAUCACUUUUACUUUUUCUGUAGCAGAUUUUAAACAUGAUUGAUAUCAGCUUCGUUAGUGGUAAACAGUCGAGCUGAUCCAAUUGGAGUUAGACAUAUAAUACUAAACACAAAAUAUAUAUUGUAGUAGCGCAGUGGUGUUGAGGGAUUGGCGAUAGAGGCAAAUGUUUUAAUCAUCAUGUGGAAUAUAAUUAAUUUGUUCUCUAUUUAUAUUUAAUUUUAUUUCUAAGUGCAGUGUUGUACGCAGCACAUUUGAGUUGCGCAUAGCACAAACACUAUGGGUAUCGCUGACUCCCAUGAAUAUGUAGGGUUAUAAUUAUACGGAAUAUGUAAUAUUGCUUGUACAUGAAGACUUAAAUAUAUCUUUAUGCACUGUAAA